AUGGAGCCUGACCAAGUCAAAAGCACAGGCGACACGACAUUUCUACUCGAACAACAUACUCCUGAUCCCACUCCGAUCGAAGAGAAAAAGGCUCCCAUGUCCGAAUCAAAUCCCAUAGAGGCUGCGAAAGCCACGAUAGCCGCGCCCGCCGAAGAUGCCGCGCCGAGUCAGUCGGCCACAGCGACCAGCGAGACUGCGACUUCUGCGACUAGCGAUAUGCCCAUCAAGACGACAACUAAUGUCUACCAGACCGACAAUGUCGCUCACGACAAGGCCGACUCUACGAGCAGCAGCAAGACCGAAGCUAGAAGCAGCUACAGACCUGGUUCCAAGGCCCUUGACCUUCCCCCACCUGUGACAAGAUCCACCAUCAUCGAGUCCAAGACUGGUCCUCCGCUACCCGUAACCACCUCGGCUUCUGAGGCGCAUCUGCCUGUGUGUCCGGACCCCGCUGCUCACCGCGACACCAAACUCCAAGAACAAGCCUCGAAUGCUGCUCUAUAUGCCACUAAGACCGGCAAGAGCACAAGACAGAAAGAGGAUGUUCUCGAUGCUAACAACAAGCUCUCCUCGCGCAGUGCCGCAGCCUCGCUCAAGUAUGCUAGUCCUCAAGAUCUCCCCAGCUAUCCUGUUGUCGGCAUUGACACGACUUCGUCCGCUCAUUCCGCUGCAAACUUGGCAAAUUCUGGUCACAAACAAUUUGAGCACUGGAAGCCCGAUCCGUCCAAAAAUGCAGGAAUCGCAGCAAUGGCAGCAAAGGAUUAUAAGAUGGCUCCUUUGUGGAAACCAGAACUGAGCUCAGCUGGCUCAAAGGCUGCUUUGCUUGCACACAGAGACGGUCCCAAGCUCAACCUCUGGCAGCCUGAGGCUUCAGCCGAGGGAAACUCUGCCGCAGGCCUUGCUAUGAGCAAAGGAAACCUGGGACCCAAGCUCGACUACGGCUACACCGAGGAUGGCCGUAAGAAGGCUCUCAUGGCUGCUACUGGUGCUUUGGGCAAGUCUCAAUCGACCAGAACACCGCCAGUCGAGCAUCCUAAAUACCCUGAUUCUGCCAACUCCGCGUACAACGCCCUUAAUGCCGCCACCACAGCCAACAGACCAUCAUCCAAAUCACCUGUUCCCCACCAAGACUCGAACAAUGUUGACUCUGACGCCAUGCGCGCUGCUCGUGUCCAGAACAUGGGACGCAACGUGCAACGCGAAAUGUUCGGUUCUGCUCCUCCGAUAGACCCUGGUGACGAGAAGAAGAAGCAGGCCGCUCUCCGCGCUUCUGCUAUCUCAAUGGCCAAGCAAAUGUACGAUCAGAGCGAGCAGAGAAGACGUGAUCAAGAGGCUGCAGAGGUCCAGGAACGCAUAGGAACCAGCGCUGCCACUGUCUCACACAACCGCGCACCUUCAGCUGCCUCUACCACUCAGCCUGAUCUACGCCAGCAAGCUGUACAAUACAUUCAUCUUCAGGAAGCUGCCCAGAAACUCGCCAAUGAGCGCCUUGCAAAGAUGGAUCCUGAUGGAACUGCUCGCUACCGCGCUCAUUACGGAUACGAACCACAGUCGCCUCGUUCGCGAUUGUCAUUGCGCAACCGCACUGGCAGAAACCGUGCCGAAAGCAACCCAAAGCCCGUCCAGCAGAAUGACGAUGAUUCAUCCGAUGACGAGUUCAGAUCGCGCAGAAUUCGCAAUCAGAUGUCGUCGUUGAACAACUCGGUUGCACAGCAAGAUGAGAAGCGCAACCAAGACCGUGCUGCUCUACUCGCUGCCGCUGAGAAGAGAGUGCAGGCUCAGAUGCAUAACAUGGACGAGCAAGUCUUCCAACAGACUGGUCAGGUCACACCUGCCAUGAUGGAAGAGUGGGAAGCCAAGGCUCGCGCUCGUGCUACAGCCCAGAGCGAGGACAGACAGCGUAACUUCGGCAAGGUCAACAUUGGUGGCGGCAAGUACAUGGACCAGUCUGAACUUGAUGCCAUCGCUCAGAGUAGACUGAAGCCUACACUUGACGAAAUUCACGAUAACGCAGAGAAGAUGCGCGCCAGGGACGAAGAGAUUCGCCUUGAUCAGGAAGAGAGACGACGCACUAUGAUGAGCGAGAAGGAACGCGAGAAGGAAGUCAAGGCCGAGACCAAACGUCUGAAGGAACAGGAGAAGGCUGAAGCAAAAGCCGCGAAAAGGGCCGAGAAGGAAGCCGAGAAGGCUCGCAAAGCUGAGGAGAAGCAAGCACGCAAAGAAGACAAGCGCAGAUCUAAAGAGGUCAAGAGAGAGACUGAAUCUGCUACCAAGGCCUCCGCUGCUGCUCACGAGAAUGACAAGCCAUCGACUUCUGGUGGUGUUACAGGCGCUGCUGACGAGCACUCCGAAGCUAAGGACGAGGAUAGAGACGUCGACGCAGACCGUAGCGAAGCUGUUGAAGAAGCAGAGACUGUUGCUACCUCUGACGGCGCCCCUCUAGAGAAGACUGACUCUCCAGACUUGAUGACGAGGGUUGCUACCGGCGGUACAGAGCACAGCACCAGAAGCGGUCUUCGCCCAGAAUUGGACCGUCACGUUUCUGCUGUUCUUAGCUCCAGUUCUUCAAGCGCGCGCAGCAGCCUCAGUCUCUCUAGCGUUGACGAGGCCAGAGACACUCAUGCCGCGACUGCCGAGAUACAGGCCGUGACCAGCAACACAGAGCCAGUAGCCAGCAAAGACGUACCUUUGACAGUUCCUGAGACCACUGCCAACGCCGUCGCCCUUCCUCCUGUCGAAGCUGUUUCUGGCAAUGCCGCCGAGUCCGAGCCCACUGGUACCACUCCUGCAACCGCCAGCUCCGUGGCCUUCCAACGCCGCAAGUCCAGCCGUGUGAGCGGCUUCUUCUCUCGCUUCAGCCGCAAGUCCAAGCCCGCUGAGAAGACUCCUGAGAAGCCCAAGGCAGCUGAGACCACUGCCGUGACCCUUCCAGCCACAGAGGCCAAGAAGAGUCUCUCGACCUCCGAGCCCUCGACAUCUGCCGCCGCAGCAGCAGAGACAGAGGCUCCCGUGACCAGCGAUGCAGUCUCCGACUCAUCAUUCCGUCGCCACGACACUGAUCUGCACAGCAUUUCAUCCAUGUCCAGCGAUGAGGAACCGUCAACAACACGCCCUACUGCCCGCCGCGGCCGCAGCAGCAUCAGCGCCAUCAGUGGCGACGAGGACGAAUUCGAAGAGGCACGCGAUCACUUUGACGAAACCCUUGCUCCCCCACCUACCUUUGGUGGUCAGCCCAAGGCACAAAGCCCCGCUCGCGAAACCAAGUUCCAGGAGGAGUUCUAG